GAUUAAGAGGCCCCGAAAAAAGUCGGGUAUCCCAAGGACAUUUACGGAAGGCCACACACAAAGAACGUUUCGUUUCGUUUCAUUUCCAUUCUCUGAUUCUCCCGGUCUCCCCUCUUGCAGAAGGAAGGCAGAAGUAUCCUCUCUCCAAUCUCAGGCAGUCAAACUUAGAGUCUCGGCGUCGGAGUUGGAGCCCGAGCCCUGUCAAAUUCGAUCACGAGUCUCCCUCGCAGUCUCAUCGGAACUUUCUCUCCCUCUCGUGCUUCUCAGGUCGUGGAAUUGUUUAUGCGGCUUCUUCUUGUGUCAUGAGAAAUCGCAGCAGUAGAGAGUAAUGGUUAGACCAGGUCAGUAGUGUGGUGACUCUGGUGAAAUAGAGAACCGUAUAAGCGAGUGAAAUGGAAUGCAACAAAGGAGAAGCCACCAGGGCAAAAGAGAUCGCUGAGAAAAAGUUUUUAUCAAAGGACAUAGUUGGGGCUAGGAAAUUUGCUCUGAAGGCUCAGAAUUUGUAUCCAGAGCUUGAGGGGGUUUCCCAGAUGAUAGAGACAUUUGAUGUCUAUAAUCAUGCCGAGAACAAAAUUAACGGUGAAGCUGAUUGGUAUGGGAUACUUGGUGUUAACCCACAAGCUGAUGAUGAAACAGUGCGGAAACAUUAUAGGAAGCUGGCUCUGAUGCUUCAUCCUGAUAAGAACAAGUCCAUAGGAGCGGAAGGGGCAUUUAAAUUUAUUUCAGAGGCAUGGAGUUUGUUAUCUGAUAAAGGUAAGAGAGCAGUGUAUGACCAGAAGAGGAAAGGAAGAGGUUUUCAUAAGGUUUCAACUCCUGGUGGAGGUUCCUCGGCAUCACGUGGCACUAAUGGUUUCAACAAUUUGACCAAAAGUACUGCUUCAAAUGCGAGGGCAAACAAGAGUUCCUCUCGGGCUUCUCAAUAUUCAACUCCCACUUCAUCUCACAAGUCUAAAUCCAAUACGUUUUGGACUGUGUGCCAUCGAUGCAGGAUGCAAUACGAGUAUCUUAGGGUUUACCUUAAACAUAAUUUGUUAUGUCCCAAUUGCCAUGAGCCAUUUUUGGCUGUGGAGACACCUCCACCACCGGCCAAUAGUUCUAAACCCACCACUUCAUGGACUUUUCCCCAGGAGCAGCCACAGAAUUUAAAUGAUAAAGCAGCAAGAAAUUCAGGAAGGAAAACUGCAAGCUCACGAAAUGUGGGAACGAGUGAGUUCAAUAAUGCUGACUCGUAUAACCAAACAAAUUAUCAAGGGGGGCUAUAUUCAAGAACAGGUGGUGCUUAUGCUGCUCAUGUCGCAAAUGUGGUUCAGCAAGCAUAUGAGAAAGUGAAACGUGAACGUGAGGGGGCACAGGCAGCCACAAAAAGAGAGGAGGCUCAGAGAAAGCGCAAUGCCUCAAAGAGGACAAGUAAUGUGUCAUCCAGCGGGCAUAAUUCAGCCAAAAGAAGAAGAGGAACAGAGUCUGGUUCAUAUUUCUCAGAUCAAAUGGGUGUUGAAACUGGAGGUGUUGGCAAGGCUAAUUUAUCUGGAUCCAAACAAGAUGGUUUUGAAACAAGUAGGGCCAAUAGUAUCACAAAGCUUAAUAGUGCAAGGGACAUGUUCCAGUUUGAAAUUCCAAGUGUAUUGAUGCAGAAGGCUAAGACAAAAAUAUGUAAGAGACUACAUGAGUGGAAUUCAACCACAGCAGAUAAAAUAGAAUCUCAAUGGGAGGAAAGUACAAAUGAGAAAGCAAACGGAAGAGGAGAACAAUAUUUGGUAAACACUGACACCCGUGAUGAAGACAAGUCUGGCCAAUCAGUUGACGCUAAUGAUGGAGUAUGUCAAAUCAAUUCUCUUUCUGGAACCUCUUCUGUCAAUUUGGAAACUGAAACCUUGCAAACUUUGUCUAUUAUUGUCCCAGAUCCUGAUUUUCAUGAUUUUGACAAGGAUCGUACUGAAAGAUCGUUUGGAGGUGGUCAGGUAUGGGCUGUGUAUGAUGAUGAUGAUGGGAUGCCCCGUUAUUAUGCCAUGAUUCACAAUGUGAUUUCUUUUGAUCCAUUUGCGGUAAGAAUCAGUUGGCUUAAUUCAAAAACUAAUAGUGAACUGGGUUCACUAAACUGGGUCACCUCUGGUUUUCCAAAAACUUGUGGGGAUUUCAGAGUAGGCAGACACAGGAUCUAUAAGUCACUCAAUUCUUUUUCGCACAAGAUUAGGUGGACCAAAGGUCCAUGUGGUGCCAUUCAGAUAUAUCCCAGGAAAGGGGAUGUUUGGGCACUCUAUAGAAACUGGACACCUGACUGGAACGAGCUGACCGCAGAUGAAGUGAUACACAAGUAUGACAUGGUAGAAGUGCUUGAAGACUUUGAUGAAGAUCAAGGUGUAAUUGUUACUCCUAUUGUCAAAGUUGCUGGAUUCAAGACAACCUUUCAUCGACACUUGGAUAUCAAAGAAAUCAGGAGGAUUCCGAGAGAAGAGAUGUUUCAAUUUUCCCAUCUUGUUCCUUCAUACUUACUUACAGGUCAAGAAGGCCCAAAUGGUCCAAAGGGCUGCCUGGAGUUAGACCCUGCGGCUACUCCAUCAGACCUUCUUCAAGUGAUAACAGAUGUACAGGAAGAAGAGAUUGUGGAGAAUGGUGAAAGGAACGAAGUGAAAACUGUGGUUAACAACGAGACUUGGGUAGAAAAUCGAAUCGAUAAUGGUCAAAAGAAUGAAGAGGAAGCUCUGGGUAACAACGAGACGUGUAUAGAAAAUUCUUGAUUGUUCGGUCUAGGGUUCCAAAAUUAAAAAGCUACAAUUGUUUUAUGUAAAUGGAAGCAAAAGCUCAACGAAAGUCCAGAAGUGACCAGGCCAUCUCUGUAAUGAGUGAUCUGAAUAUUGCCUACCAUUGAUGGCAAUUGGAUAUUAUAUGUUACAAUUUGAGGUGAAAGACGGACAAUAUAGUUAUCAUUAGGAAACCAGUAUAUAUUUACCAGUCUUGUUGGAUCUGUACUGCUUGUUGAUCAUCAUAUUGUUGUUAUUGGA